AUGCAGUUCACCGCCAUUGUGACGCUCGCGGCCUCCCUCUUUCCCUUCCUUGCGGCCGCCAGCCCUCUCGAGUCGCGCCAGACGUGCAGCACCGCUCCCAUCCAAUGCUGCCAGACCACCACGACGGCUGGAUCCGCCGCCGGGACCUCCAUUCUCGACUCGAUCGGCGUUGUCGUCCAGGACGUGAACGUCCUCCUCGGCCUUACCUGCUCCCCCAUCAGCGUCGUCGGGGUCGGUAGCGGCGACGCUUGCGAUGCCCAAGCGGUGUGCUGCCAAGACAACAGCCACGGUGGCCUCGUGUCCAUUGGCUGUGUCCCGGUCACUCUCUAA